GGAUUUUAAAGGUCCCAGCCGAGUAGAUGUCUCUCUCGGUGUCUCAGCUGAUCAGGCAACAUGGCGGCAGCGAUGUACCGGGGAGCUCUCUUCGCCGAGAAACUUUUAGCCAGGAAUGGAGCCCAGUUGGUGAGCCGUGCAGCAGCUGCACCCCUCGCUGGAGUCCAGCAGAGGCGUAACUUAAAUGUUCACGAGCAUGUCAGCUUCUCCCUGUUGAGGAAAGCGGGUAUUCCUGUUCCUGGGUUUGGUGUGGCUCACACUCCUGAGGAAGCUGUUGAUAUUGCCAACAAGCUGGACUCGACCGAUGUUGUCAUCAAGGCUCAAGUUCUCACUGGUGGACGGGGAAAGGGUAGUUUCAAGGGCGGUUUUAAAGGAGGUGUGAAAUUGGUUUAUUCUGCAGAAGAGGCUGGAGAUGUAGCAUCAAAGAUGAUUGGGGAUCAACUUGUGACUAAACAGACUGGAGAAAAGGGAGUCCCAUGUAACAAGGUUAUGGUCUGUGAACGAAAAUUCCCACGUCGUGAGUUUUACAUUGCCAUCAUGAUGGAGCGCUCAUAUGGUGGACCAGUCAUCAUCGCAUCAUCCCAGGGCGGUAUGAACAUUGAAGAGGUGGCAGAAGAGGAUCCUGGAGCGAUAUUUAAAGUUCCCAUUGAUAUUAUUGAAGGUGUGACUGAUGAGAAGGCACAAGAACUUGCACUACAACUGGGCCUCGAGACUCGUCUGGAGGAAACUGUGAAUCUCAUUAAGUGUCUCUAUAAUGCUUUUAUUGACUACGAUGCUUCUUUGAUAGAAAUUAAUCCUUACGCUGAGGAUACUUAUGGCAACAUGUACGCUCUUGACGCUAAGAUGAGAUUUGACGACAAUGCAGAAUUUCGCCAGAAGGAAAUAUUUGAUGAACGGGAUUGGUCACAGGAAGAUGCUAAAGAAGUAGAAGCUUCAAAGUUCAACUUGAACUACAUUGCUCUAGAUGGCAGUAUUGGUUGCCUGGUGAAUGGUGCAGGACUGGCCAUGGCUACAAUGGACAUCAUCAAGCUGCAUGGGGGCUCACCUGCAAACUUCUUAGAUGUUGGUGGUGGAGCAACAGCGGAGCAGGUCAAGGAGGCCUUCAAAAUUAUCACUGCUGAUCCACAGGUUCAUGCUAUAAUGGUGAACAUUUUUGGUGGCAUCAUGCGCUGUGAUGUCAUUGCCCAGGGCAUCAUUGCAGCAGCUGAGGAACUCUCUCUUAAAAUUCCUAUUGUGGUGCGACUUCAGGGUACAAAUGUAGAUGAUGCUAAAGCACUCAUUGCAAUGUCCAACCUCAGAAUUCUCCCUUGUGACAAUCUUGAUGAUGCUGCCAAGAUGGCGGUCAAGCUCUCCAACAUUGUUACCCUCGCCAAAGCUGCAAAUAUUGAUGUUAAAUUUGAACUUCCUGUCUAAGUUAUUUACUCAAACUUACUGAACUUCUCAUAAUUGUACAGACUUUGUAAAAAAAACAACAACCCUAAGCUUUGUUGAACAGUACUAACUGGUCAUCAUAGAGUUUCGGCUGAUUUUUAAGUUAUCCAAAAUUAUUAGGAAAAUCAAGCAUCAGAUGUAGUGAUUAUUUAUUCUUUGACAUGUUCAUAAUUUAUCAUAUUCUUCAAUGAGUAUAUCCGGUGUAUAUUAUGUACAUUUUCUUAUGUUUGUACAUUUUUAAUCCCUUACUGAUGUGGUUAGGGAUAUAGUAUUAACCUUUUCUUAGUCAGCAACCAACGCCAAAAGAAAAAAAAAAUUAUAUUAUACAGAAUUCUUCCAUAUUGCUCACACAUGUUCAGUAUUUACUUCUUGGGCUGUGGCCUUUAUAACUUAUUACGACCAUUGAGCUACUUUUGAUCAAGGAUACUGUACAUAGAAGGAGAGGUAGCACCACUUACCUCUCCCCAGUUGGUCAUCUUGUCAGCUGUCAUUCUAAAGUGAUCAAGAUAUAGUUUUAUCAAUGCCUGUAGAUUCUGUCUGAUGGUUUUUUUUUCCUUUUCUAAUUCCUGAAUUUUAUGCCAUUAAGUAUUUUAUACUUUACUUACAAUGUAAUCUUGACUUUCACUUGUCAGAAAAAAAGCCUCAUAAAUUUGACCGUUUUCAUAAUAUAUUUUGUAUAUAUUAUGAAGUAUAUAAAGUUUAUUGAUGCAAAAAAGUCCAAUUUAAUGUUUCUUCCCAUAAAUUUGGAUGAGAAAAACAAUCUCGUAAUAAUGCUUUUGUAUUUUAGAAGCCAGACAGCCAACGGGCCGGGGCCAAGUAAUAAAAUGUUCACCGAGCCAAUAUGGUGCAACGUCUCCUAUGUACCAUGCUCUUGAUUACCUUAAGACUUAUACUUCCAGAUCUCCACAUAUAACCCACAUGAGUGUGUCAAACUGGAAAGAAAUCUGCUUGGUUGUUUUCUUAUGGGAAUUGGUGACAUAACAGUAGGGUUCACUUUACAGAUAGGAAAUGUUUGAAGCUAAAGUUAUUUUGUAACUGGUCUCCAAUUUAAAGUAAAUCUCAGUAAUUUAUGUGCUAUUUUAAUUCCAAUGUUUGCUGUAAAGAUGUGAUCUACCUAAGUUUUGUUAUGUAUAAUAGAGCUAUAUUACAUGUACUCAAUAAACAUGUAUAUAUAUUUACAUAUACUGUACUGUGCUGUAUUGUAUUUGCUUCUUCCCAUGUGUCAUGACUUCAUCUUUAGCAUAAAUAUUCAGAACAGGAUCCUAAAGGGAGGAUUUAUGACACAAGGGAAAGGCAAAUUGGCAUCAUGAAUAAAUGACUCAAGCCAAUGGCAAAACCAAA